AUGGCCCUCUCUGGCAGUCAGCUAGAGGGGCGGUGCCGGAGCAAGAUCGUGGGACAGAAGCGGAGCUCGGCAAAGGUCCAAGCAGCGAUUGCUGUCCUGGCUGUGUGCUUCUGCGAGGUGGUUCCAACAGGGUGGUGUGCCCACCGUGGCCAAGGCAUUGGUCUGGGCACCUCGCAGCUUUUUCCAAGGCAUCUUCGAAAUAGAUGGCAGCGCGGUCGCAGCCAGCGCUGCACGAGAUUUGCGGAAGGCUCGCCGGGCCGCGUAGUCUUCCUGGGUUCGCCCGACUGCGUGGAGGUGGUGCUGCAGUCGCUCUGGAAUGCCAGCCAAGCCUCAACGGAUUUCGAGGUCUGUGCCGUGGUUUCUCGUCCGCCGAAGCGUGUCAAGAAGGCCAUCGCCAAGACUCCCGUGCAUGCGCUCGCUGAAGAUCUCGGGAUCUCCAACAUCUUGACGCCGCCAUCGGCGAGAGAUGAGGCUUUUCUGGAGAAGCUAGAAGAGUUGAAGCCUGAUGUCUGCGUGACUGCCGCGUAUGGGGAAUAUUUGCCGCGGCGGUUUCUAGAGGCACCGCGUUUGGGCACCAUCAACCUCCACCCGUCCUUGCUGCCACGAUGGCGAGGUGCUUCGCCCGUGCAGCGCUGCCUGGUGGCUGGCGAUACGGAGACGGGAAUCACGAUCUUGUACACUGUGGCGAAAAUGGAUGCUGGGCCCAUCAUCGUCCAGGAGAAAAUGGCCCUCGAUGGCUCUGAGACUUCUCCAGAACUGCUGGAGAAGCUCUUCCGGUGGGGUGGCGACCUUCUCGUGGAGGUGCUGCCGAAGAUCCUCGCCGGUGAGGUCUCGAUGGACACCGCGGCCGUUCAAGAUGAAGGCCUCGUGGAAAAGGCCCCGCUCAUCUCGAAAGAUGAGGGCAAACUCUGGCCACACAACGAAACGGCUCUCCAGAUGCGCGACAAGGUGCGGGGCUUCACCGGAUGGCCCGGCACCACGCUUGCGAUCGCCUGCUCGGGCUCCAAAGCUCCGCCUCAAGGCGUCCGGGUCAAAGUAGCAGGCGCAGAAGUCGUACCCCUUUCCGCUUUUGCGAGCUCGGCCAGUCCAGAUGCACCUCUCCAGGAGCUCCUGUUUAUGCCCGCCGUUGACGGCUCUGAGCCUGCUGUCGGCUUGAGGCCAGCAGUGGACCCGGAGAAUGUUUUGCUGCUCAAGUCUUUUCAAUUGCCCGGCAAGAAGGAGGUUCCAGCCAAAACCUUCAGAAAGGGGUACAUGACCUUCCAGCCGGCGAAAUGGCUGUCGCCGGAGGAAGAAUCAGAGAUGGUGUCGGCAACAGGAGCUUUCAAGAAGCAGAAGAAGGUGAGAAGGUGA